UCAUUUCUCCCCAACAUAUCUCGCGUUCUUAUCAUUUUUCCUGGGAAGUGCGGCUUUCUUUAUCCACGGAGCCUUUUCAAAUGUAUAAAAUGGAGUAUUCUUACUUAAAUUCCUCUGCCUACGAGUCAUGUAUGGCCGGGAUGGACACGUCAAGCUUGGCAUCAGCCUACGCGGACUUCAGCUCGUGCAGUCAAGCCAGUGGGUUUCAGUACAAUCCGAUCAGGACCACGUUUGGGGCUACCUCCGGCUGCCCGUCGCUCACGCCGGGGUCUUGCAGUCUGGGGACCCUGCGGGACCACCAAAGCAGCCCGUACGCUGCAGUUCCUUACAAACUCUUUACGGAUCAUGGUGGACUGAACGAGAAGAGAAAGCAGAGGCGCAUUCGGACCACUUUUACCAGCGCACAGCUCAAGGAGCUCGAGAGGGUUUUUGCAGAGACCCACUACCCGGAUAUCUACACACGAGAAGAGCUGGCGCUCAAAAUCGAUUUGACUGAAGCCAGAGUACAGGUAGGCUAUGAUAUCCGGCGCUAUCCUCACCUUAUCCAAGUGUGGUUCCAAAACCGACGCGCCAAAUUCCGCAAGCAAGAGCGCGCGGCAUCUGCUGCCGCUGCAGCUGCCAAGAAUGGCUCCGGGAAGAAGUCGGACUCUAGGGACGAGGACAGUAAAGAAACCAAAUCUACCGAUCCUGACAGCACCGGAGGACCAGGGCCCAACCCCGUCCCGACGUCCAACUGCAGCGGGCCCAGUCCAACCAGUGGCCAAGUCAACAUUUCCAGCGGAAACGGACAAGUGGACCAAGGGAAGACAUCAGUGUCUCCCGGCAUGUGUGGAAACACAGCGAUUCAAGGCUGGGCUUCUGCCCCCGGCACCAUCACCUCUAUCCCGGACUCAUUGGGUGGACCGUUCGCCAGCGUACUGUCCUCUUUGCAAAGACAGAACGGAGCCAAAGCUACGUUAGUAAAGACAAGCAUGUUCUAAUAUAGCGGAGACCCAUUGACAAAAUCAACAAGAGAAACAUGGUUUACUGACUCCGGUAACCGAGGAGUGUUGAGUCCGUGGAAGGAGGGAUGUUACAAGACAGACAGAAGGACACUGAUAGGCCAAUCAUAACCGCAGUUGUAAAAAGAUGAAGAUUACUACUUUUAUUUUUUUGCCUCACGCCUUCCUUCUCGGUUAUCGUCUGGUAUUGUGGUCAUUCUGCACUUAUAAC